AUGAGGACAAUUUCCGGAGCAAUUAAGUCAACACCAGCCUCUUGGCUACCAGUAUUGAGUAAUAUAGCGUCACCUCAUCUCCGAAGAUACUAUUCCCUAGUUCGUGAAUAUAACAACCAUGCCUUAAAUCGAAGUCUACCCAUACACAAGUACAUUUACAAUAAUCCCAGCCAAAGAUUAAAAUCUCAUAAGCCUCCUUGGAAAUUGGCUCAAAAAUUAAUUAAUGAAAACUAUAACCUUAAAUCUAAAUGGACUGAAGAAUGGAGACUAAAUAAUCCCGACAAAUUUAACCUCAUAGAACAACCUAUAGAAAAGGUUCCGGGGUUCCAAUUACCCCGGGAGGAAUGGGUGACCCUAAAUAGACUUAGGACUGGCCACGGAAAAACGGGAAAUAUGCUUCAUAAAUGGGAACUUAGGGAUACACCACAAUGCGACUGCAGACAUGAAACUCAGACAGCCAAUUACAUUGUGGAAGUAUGUAUGGCUACAACAGCAGCAACAAACUGGCUGACUAAUCUGGACAUUGGAAUCUAGGACAAUGUAAACAUUAUCCCGACUUAUAUUCUAUCUACUUGAAUAAUUAUUACUACAUAAGCUUGCGUAUCUUAUUAAUUUAUAUUUAUUUUUUUGUUUUUUUAUUUAUUUUUAUAUUUAUAUUAUCUAUAUCAUUUAUCUGCAGUGUUUGUUGUUAUUGUAACGAUAUCUUUUUAUAUUUUUAGUGUUGGAUCUAAACCAUACGAAAUAUAUAUAUAUAUAUAUAUAUAAUAUAUAUAACACAUUAAAUUUUUUGAAGUUCAAUUAUAUUAAUAACUCUACUUCUUAGAGUGCCCCCCCUAGAAAAAAUAUCUGAAUUCAACACUGAUGAGAACACACAGACUUAUUGAUCAUGUCAUGUUUAUAUGGCUACAAGAUGUGUGGUGUAAUGUCAUAUAAUGAGAGUGAAACUAGUCGUAGUCGGUUAUUUAGGUAAUUUAUGAUGUUUAGGUAAUUGGAUUAUGAAUGGAGGUUGGGCAUUAUAUAUAGAAUGAUAGGCAUAAAUGUUGUGUAAUGUAGUAAAUAUGUGCUGCUUGUAAGGCCGGUGUGUGUAGCUUGUAAGGUAGUUUAGGUGGUCGGGGUGAAUCGUGGAGCAGCGUUAACAUAUCAACAUGGCAUACAAUAAUCGCAUCCAUCGGUAGUAAUAGUUUAUAAAUUAAAUAAAUUUUCAGAAAUUUCCGUUCGUAAUAUCUUACUUGGUUUAGUAUUCAGAUUUCCCAUAGCUUUUCUCUUACAUCCAUUUGAAUAAAUUUUGCGUUCUAUAUUUGGUUAAUCGUGGUAUGUUCAUUUACAAUUUCAACGAUUUGUACAAUAUUCUCUAAAGUGUGUACACUUUUGCAGUGCAAGUUUUGAAAGGACAACGUCAUCGUAUUGAACAAUUUUUAAAUUCAUGUACUUUUCGAUUUGUUAAAUUUGCAAAAAAUAAUAAAUCCAAGUUACUUUUAAUAAUUUCACCAAUAUGUUACUAUAUGUAUCCAAUGUGUAUUCAUUACUAAAAUUAAUGCACAUGCGAUUAAUAUUGGACUAACUGUAAAUAUCAAGAUACUAUUAUUCAAUAAUGCCCUGUAUUUUAUUAAUAAAUUGAUAAUUUUUAUUAGAUAUAACAUAUUAGAUGAUUAUUUAUUUCUACAAUACAACAAUAGUAUAUGUAAAGGAACGCGUCGCUAUUAUAGUGCAAUUGUAAAUAUUUUAUCGGCUGGUAAAUUCCAAGUUUUACGUAAAAUUCCGAUAAUAGCUUAAAAAAUGUUUAACGAUUCUCUUAUAGGUGAUUACCUGAUUGUUAUAAUCUUGAAUUCUUGAUAAAUAGUGUAAUAAAAAUUAUCUUUGUUCAUAAUUUCUUAUUAAAUCGUUGUAUUUAUUUAAAGCUGGUUAGUCAUUAGUAGUCCCCAUCGCCCAGUGCCCUUAAUUGGGUGCUGCAAUAGCCCCACUCUGAUAUUAGGUGAUCGGAGUGGCCUGGCCCUCCAGGUUGGGGGUUGAUCAGUGGGCCAACAACCCACUAUCGUAAAAAACCAUUGUUCAGGAAUCCAACAUAUUGCCUCGGGACAGAAUUAAGGAAUCAAGACUGGAAAACUGGAAAUCGGCUUUACGUUUUGGAACAUGGAAUAUACGGACUUUAUAUCAACCAGGAGCAGCCUUAACAUUAGUUAAGGAAUUUAAUAAGCAUAGGUUAGAGAUUUUAGCUAUACAAGCAAUAAGGUGGAGCGGACAAGGCUCUACAUAAAUAGGGAACUCGAUAAUUUUCUUAAGUCAAUGUGACAAUUGCAGACAAGGAGGCACCGGCUUUAUCGUUAAAAAGAAUAUAGCAUCCGCAAUUAAAGAUUUCAAAGUAGUGAACUCCAGACUGACUAUCCUCAUAGUGGAAGGAAAAUUCUUUAACAUUGCAUUUGUCAAUGCACACGCACCAUCUGAAGAUAAAAGUGAUGAGGAAAAGGAGGAAUUUUAUUCACUGUUGGAAUCCACGUUAGAGGGAAUACCCAGACACUGUAUCAUAAUUUUAUUAGGGGUUUUUAACGCAAAGAUUGGUAAAGAAGAGUUCUUCAAAACAACAACCGGAUCAAAUAGUUUACAUCAGCUAUCAAAUAACAACGGAUUCAGAUUAACCGAAUUAGCUACAGAAAGGGGCUUAAAAAUAAAAAGCACAUCAUUUCCACAUAAGGAAAUACAUAAAGGUACCCGGAGGUCCCCAGAUGGCAGAUACAUUAACCAAAUUGAUCAUGUAUUGGUGAAUACGAGAUUCAGCAAUAGUGUACUAGAUGUAAGGACCUUCUGCGAUGCAGAAUGUGGAUCUGAUCACUUCCUAGUUGUAGGGAAACUUAAAGUGAAACUGAAGAAAGCAAAAAAGAGAAAAGAAGAACAAACAGAACUCUUUGAUAUACAAAAACUAUGUGACCUUAAAAUUUGUGAAGAUUUCUGUAAGAAUAUAUCAAACGAGUUUAAUAAUGAACAUAUAGAUAACGAGAAUGAUGAUAUCGAAAGCUUAUGGUCUGCUAUAAGAAAUGUGAUCCGCAAAGCGACAAAAUAA